CAAAGUGAGCUGAACUCCUUCCUGUGGACCAUCAAGAGAGAUCCCCCAUCUUACUUCUUUGGCACCAUCCAUGUCCCAUACACACGUGUCUGGGAUUUCAUCCCAGAGAACUCCAAGAAGGCCUUCCAGCAGAGCCACAUCGUGUACUUUGAGCUGGACCUCACUGACCCCUACACCAUCUCAGCUCUCACCAGCUGCCAGCUCCUGCCGCAGGGGAAGAACCUCCAGGACGUACUGCCCCGUGACAUCUACUGCCGGCUCAAGCGGCACCUGGAGUACGUCAAGCUCAUGAUGCCAUCCUGGAUGACCCCAGACCAGCGGGGCAAAGGGCUGUAUGCAGACUACCUCUUCAAUGCCAUUGCUGGCAACUGGGAACGAAAGAGACCAGUAUGGGUGAUGCUGAUGGUGAACUCUCUGACAGAGGUAGACAUCAAGUCACGAGGUGUGCCUGUCCUGGAUCUGUACCUGGCCCAGGAAGCGGAGCGGCUGAGAAAGCAAACAGGUGCUGUGGAGAAGGUGGAGGAGCAGUGCCACCCGCUCAAUGGGCUGAACUUCUCCCAGGUGGUCUUUGCUUUGAAUCAGACUCUCUUGCAGCAGGAGAGCCUCCGAGCAGGCAGUUUCCAGAUCCCCUAUACGACAGAAGACCUUAUCAAGCAUUACAACUGUGGGGACCUCAGCUCCAUCAUCUUCAACCAUGACACUUCUCAAGUCCCAAAUUUCAUUAAUGCUACACUUCCGGCACAUGAACGCAUUACGGCCCAAGAGAUAGACAGCUACUUCCGUCAGGAGCUCAUCUACAAGCGAAAUGAGCGAAUGGGCAGAAGGGUGAAGGACCUGCUGGAAGAGUACCCAGAUAAGAGUUUCUUCUUUGCAUUUGGAGCUGGUCACUUCAUGGGCAACAACACAGUGAUUGAUGUUUUGAGGAGAGAAGGGUACGAGGUAGAACACACUCCAGCUGGACAAGCCAUCAACAACAGAAAACCCCGCAAAACCUUGUUAAUGUUUUCGUCGUCAUCACCGGCACAUAGCCCCUAUGUCACGUCCCAGGAGCCCCCACUGCCAUCACAUCCCCGCAAUGAGGAGGAAGAAGAUCUCCUGCCUCACCUGCUGCUCCCCGACAGCAUUGAUGUGCUGGAGAAGGUAAACAGGAAGUACAAAAAGAAAAAGAAGAAGCAGCAGAAGAAGCAAAGGCUGCGACAGUUUAACGACCUCUGGGUUCGCCUUGAAGAAAGUGCUACUGGCCCUCCUCCCCGGAUCCGCAUCAUUAACGGCUACAUCACAGUUGAACCCCAGCCCCGGGGCCAUGGACGCUCUAGUCAUGCUCGCGCAGAUACCAGCAGUGCUCACCACUUCUAUUCUCUUUUCCUCUCGCUACUGACUUUGACUUUGCAUAUGAUAAGGCUGCAUUGA